AUGGCUCAUCGAAUACCCUUCUUAACUGUUUGGCUAGUGUAUCUCGCUUUUGCGAAUGGGAGAACUGUUGAAAACAAUCGUCCAACAUUAUUUCCUUAUGGAAAGACGUUGGUCUAUGAUUACCAUGGAAGUGUGAAAGCUGGAUCAACGGAAGGGCCAUUUAACUCUCAAUACAUACUUCAUGGAAAAUUCUACAUCACUCAUUAUACCAGUGAUACAAGUGUUAAAAAUGCUUUCAUCGCAACUUUCAAACAUUUAACUACUGAUCUUCACAAUGGAAAAUCUUCUGAGCAAACUCCGUCUUUCACUUCUAUUCCUCAAGUUGCCAAAGUAAUUGAAGAGCCAUUUCUCAUGAUUUUCAAUAAAUGGAAUCAACUUGAAAGUAUAAAGAUGUCUGAAUAUGAACCUGUUUGGUCAAAGAACAUGAAGUUUGCAUGGGCUUCGAUGCUUCAACUGAAUUUUGAAAAAAUGUCGUUUGAAUUACCAGCAAAAAUUCAAAGUUUCGUUAUCCCAGAGAAAACAAUUCAUGGUCAAUGUAAAACCACGUAUGACAUUCACGUCAAGUACCCGGCUCCCAAUGAUACCCCUACUUUUGUAGUUACUAAAUUUUCGUCACCGACUGAAUGCAGCAACUUUGCACGUUCUACUUUCGAUUAUGUUGAUGUUAUAGCUUGUGCACAGCCUGCAGAGGAAAAACUGAACACGGCUAGUACGAAAGUUUAUGAAAUUGAAAAAAAAGAUGAUAAUACCCUUUUACUUCGGAAGCUUAUUGCUCAUGGCGAAAUUAAUAACUUCCCAUUCUAUCACAAACAUAUAGCUCAUUACGUUUCGUAUAACGCUGAAUUCAUUUUUGCGAAAAUUGAACCGUCAACUGAGUACACAUCAAACGCAGCUAAUUUCAGCAAAUUACCGUUAAUUACUGACUGGGCUUACGAAUCCCCAAAAACUUAUCAUGCAGGAAAUGCAACUUUGGAUAUUACUAAUGGCCGCCAUUCUGUCGAACAAGAAGUGUUAAAAAGCAAAGUACAAAAUCUGUUGAAAGAAGCCGCGAAUUAUCUCAAAGAAAAUCAUAUUAAAGCUGAUGAACCGAACUGGCAACAUAGCAACGCUAUCAACAAUAUCCUCGAAACUAUGAAGUACUUCGAAAUUUCGUCUUUCGUACAAAUCUUUGCAGAAAUUCGAAAUACUACGACUGGUCAAGACAAAAAUAUAGAGAAUUUGUAUCUCGGUGUGGUAUCUCAAGUGGGAACUACUGCAGCAAAUAUCUUUGUAUUUGAUAUUAUACAACGUGGAGAAGUCACUGAUUUCGUAGCAAUAGAAAUGUUGACAAAGCUUCCUUUCAAUAUUCGUAACCCCACUAAAACUCUUUUAUAUAAGUGGAAGCAUUUCAUGAAUUUUAGUAAAACUCUGGCUCCACGAGUUUAUAAAGCAUACAUUCUCGCCUUCGGUACUAUGGUGUACAGAACAUUCCAAUAUACAACUGAAGACAUUGAAGAGCUUGAAAGAUAUUUGAAUUUCUUCUAUGAUCGCGUUAUUAAUGAACCAACUUACGAGAUGAAGGUUGUUUGGCUCGGAGUUAUCCACAAUGUUCAAGUUGGAAAUAUUUAUAAACUCCUAUCACCAAUUGUUCGCGGCGAAAUUAGCGUAUCUGAACAUCCAGAUUACAUCCGUUUGCUAUCAAUAGGAGCAAUGUUAAGAUCUCUUUAUUCAAAUUACGAUCACGCUAUUGAUCUUCUCUGGCCUAUAAUGACUGACCGCACUCUUCCUCUGAAACUACGUCUUGGAGCAUACAAUAUUCUUCUUCAACAAUCACGUACAAUGACUGAUUUCCUGCGAAUCCACUGGUUCAUGAUCACCGAAACUAAUCAACAUCUUUACAAUUUCCAUUUAACGACCAUCAGAAGUUUUGCAAAUUCAAAAUGUCCAUGUCUAGCAAAAAUGCGAGAAUUUUCAACUAAAAUUUUGCUAUUUACUCACGUUCCCGCUACAGUUUCUCACGAUUUGUCGACUCUGUACGUUAUUGACUCAAUGAAUUCCGAAAGCGAUGGCUUACUGGUCAAAAUUACCGUAGUUCAUGAUGAAUUCACAGAAGUACCCAAAAUUAUUUACAUACAGCAAUUUAUCAUGCAAGAUCAUAAAAUCACCAGCAACUGGGCUCUUUACUUACAACUUGAAGGCAUGAAUAAUAUGUUGAUGCUGUUCAAAAAUGACUUUUUGAAAUUCAUCAAUGGCCCAAUUUCCGAAACCUUCAUUUUUGAUUUCAUUAAAAAAUUUGCAGUUUCUGUGACCUUGUCAUCACAUUCCUUCAUAGACUUACUGUUGUUUUACAGAGAUCAGGCAGUUAUGGUCGAAUACUACGACAAUGAAAGUUUCUUGGGUUUUAAUAAGGACAUUGAAGAAGUUAUUAACAGCUAUCUAACUCCAGUGGCGAAUACUCAAACUGCCAAACAUCAUAAUGAUUUUGUUUCCCAUCACGUAUUCUACCAAAACAUGGAUGAGCAGUAUUUAGUCAGUGACAUGGGAUUACCCGUUGUUAUAAAAUCCUAUUCGCCGGUUGUUUUCUCUUUCCCAAUGAGUAUCAAUAACCAAACGAUGGAUAAUUCUGCGAUAAGUACAAACGUUGGUGCAAAAGUUUGGUUGUUCCAUGAUUAUUCCAUAUCAGUUUAUCAUCCAGUAGUUGAUUCCUGGCACUCUUUUAAGCAGUCAUCUGUUGUCAAUGCCGAUCUUUCUUACCACGCUGAUGUUAAUUACAAUCCUGCUAUAAAGUUUUUGAAAUACUUCAAUCCAAGAUUCUGGGAAAUUAAAUUUACAGAAGCAAAUGUGAUGAUCUACAACAAAAAUACCGUAACUGUCCAAGAAAACGAUGAAAAUUUGACGAUACUGUGUCCGACUUGUAAUGUUGAAAAAAUUAACACUCCAGAAAUGAGUAACAUCACGAAUUCUACUCAAGUCGUAUUUACUGACAAUGAAAAACAAUACGAAAUAACAUCAUUCAAUUGUGAAAGUCAAUCGAACGCAAUCACAAACGAACAAUACAUGGAAAUUUUACCACGUUUGGAAAAAUAUGACAUUAUAUUAUUCCCAAUCAAAUUUCAUAUUAAAAAUUGUGGUAACAUCAUAAAAAUUAAACCAAUUGCAAAUAGAACCUUUUAUACAAUGUAA